UAGAUAUUUUUGAUUAAAUAUAUCGAACUUCAAAUAAAUUUUCAAAUAACCACGUCUUAAAUUCUUGAUGUUAUAUAUGACUUUAUAAUAAUUAAAUAAUUGCUUUGACGCCGCUUUAGGGAAUGUGUGACAUGUUCAUCCAAACACAGCAGACGAGCAGCGUCAACAGCAGCACCAGCAGCAGCAGUAGCAGCAGCGGCAACAAUACCGCACACCACCACAGCAAAAAGCGCAAGUUGGAAUACGACAUCGGCCAUUCGGUCAUCCAGCACGCCUUGGUCCAAUCGACAAGCGAUUACCAAUUGGAUAAUCCUGCCCUGCAGCGAUACUCUGUUAACAGUAACAAUACCGCGUUCAGCACGCUACAGAAUAAUGGACUACAAAAGCAGAGUCCAAAUCAGCAGACUUUGGUGCGAGCCUCCACGAUCAAAUUAUUAGACACGUAUCAGCGCUGCGGGCAAAAGAGGAAAUCGUGGUCAAGAGAGGGUGAGAGCUUGGCAAUUCAUUCCAUUAACGCGAACAACAUAACUACAGCCACAGCAGCGAGCACGACGACUUUAAAUUCGCAACAUCACAAUCAGCAGCAUCAACAGCAGCAGCAACUACCGUUGCAGCAACAACCACAACAACAGCAGCAAUCGCACAAGCAAUCUAACGCAAUGACUUCCCACACCAAGCAGGUCAGCAAUAACGGUAACGGUGGCGGAGGCUCUAAUCCUCAAGGUGACGGAGAUUAUCAGUUGGUGCAACAUGAGGUUCUGUACUCUAUGACCAAUCAAUAUGAGGUCCUUGAGUUUCUAGGUCGCGGAACUUUUGGUCAGGUCGUCAAAUGUUGGAAAAAAGGAACAAACGAAAUAGUGGCUAUCAAAAUUUUAAAAAAUCAUCCAUCAUAUGCCCGGCAAGGUCAAAUUGAGGUCUCCAUCCUGUCACGUCUUAGUCAGGAAAAUGCGGAUGAGUUCAAUUUCGUACGUGCCUACGAAUGCUUCCAGCAUAAGUCACACACCUGCUUAGUAUUCGAAAUGCUGGAACAAAAUCUUUAUGAUUUUUUAAAACAGAAUAAAUUUUCACCUUUACCUCUCAAAUAUAUCAGGCCUAUUCUUCAACAAGUUUUAACGGCAUUGCUUAAAUUAAAACAAUUGGGUUUAAUCCAUGCAGACCUUAAACCAGAAAACAUCAUGCUCGUUGAUCCGGUGCGUCAACCUUAUAGGGUCAAAGUAAUAGAUUUUGGAUCGGCUUCACACGUCUCAAAAGCAGUGUGUAAUACGUAUUUACAGUCUCGUUAUUAUCGUGCUCCUGAAAUCAUCUUGGGAUUGCCAUUUUGUGAGGCCAUUGAUAUGUGGUCACUUGGUUGUGUAGUAGCUGAGCUUUUUCUAGGCUGGCCUUUAUAUCCCGGUAGCUCAGAAUAUGAUCAAAUUAGAUAUAUCAGUCAGACCCAAGGAUUACCGACUGAACACAUGCUCAACAAUGCUAGUAAAACCACAAAAUUUUUCUACAGGGAUAUUGACAGUACAUACCCUUUUUGGCGACUUAAAACACCUGAAGAACAUGAAGCGGAAACAAGUAUCAAAUCUAAAGAAGCGAGAAAGUAUAUUUUUAAUUGUCUCGAUGAUAUUGGUCAAGUGAACGUACCAACAGAUUUAGAAGGAGGUCAAUUAUUGGCUGAAAAAGCUGAUAGAAGAGAAUUUAUAGAUCUUCUGAAAAGAAUGCUUACCAUGGACCAGGUAGAGAGGAGAAUAACACCCGGGGAAGCUCUAAAUCACGCAUUUGUAACAUUGGCACAUUUAGUAGACUAUGCACAUUGCAACAAUGUGAAAGCCUCAGUGCAGAUGAUGGAAGUAUGCAGACGUGCAGGUGACUUUACCGCUAGCCCCGCUCAUCAUCAAGCACCUCCUGCACCUCAACCACCACCUCCAACAUCAUUAGUUGCUAACUUUGUUCCGACAACAAAUGGAAGCGCUGUUACACUUACUUUUAACAAUCAGGUGCAAAGACUUGUCCGUGAACAUCGCACUGCACAAUCGGGAUAUGAUAAUUUGUAUCAAAUAUAUAGUAACAGCAGUCGUAGAGCAACUCAGUACAGCAGUUCGUCUAGUGGUUCCAACAGUGGUAGGAGCGGAGUACAUGACUUUCCACAUCAAUUAGUACCAGGAAUACUCUGCCCACCACCUGGUUAUCAAACGAUGCCAAGUCCCGCGAAACACGUUGUUGUUACACAACCUACUCAAGCUCAACAGGCUCCUAUUCAAAUACAGCCUUCCAUCAUUUCUCAGCAAGCAGUUGCGGCAGCUGCAGCUGCUGCUCAACAACAAUAUGCCGUACCAGUGUCUAUGGUAGAAACUGGUCGCCAAAUGCUGUUAACUAAUGCUGUACAAACUUCUUGGCCUGGCGGAAGUAGGCAAAUGGCUGCGAUUGUCCCUUCUUGGCAACAAUUGCCUCCUCAACAUGCCGCUAUUCAACAACCAUUGUUAAGCGACGCUGGAGAUUGGGGUAGACCCUUGAUCGUCGAUAGCACAGCAAUUUUACAGGAUCAGAGGCCAGUGUUCCCCGUAGCAGAAGUCUAUAACACGAGUACAUUAGUCGAGCAUCCGCCUCCUCAAAAUUGGGGUAAACGGAGUGUAAGCAAGCAUCACCAGCAUCAUUUGAGUGUGCCGCAGCCGUCCCAACAUCGUAGUCAUGAACACAAGAAAGAACAGCAGCAACUAAGUCCAGUAAAGAAACGCGUGAAAGAGAGCACGCCACCAAGCAAUCUACGUCGACAGCAACAACACCAGCACUCACCUCCCCCCAUGCAAUCCUCGUCCUCGUGGCAAUCACAACCAAUCAUCCAGUCCUCGCAAUCUCAUCAUCAUACAACCUCCAAGUAUCAUCAGCAUCAACAGCAACAACAGCCUGAGCAUCAUCAAGUUUCAUACGUUAGACAGCAAACGAUAACUAUCCAUGACACACCCUCGCCAGCAGUCUCAGUAAUUACCAUCAGCGACAGUGAGGAUGAGUCACCAGGGAAAUGUACUCAAUCAGCAACACGUGUGGUGCACAAUCACAGUCAGCAACAAAUACAACAAACGCAAUCAACGAAUGGCCACUCGAGUAGUUCACACAGCAGUUCAUUGCAACGGUCUCAGCGCAAAAACGUAAUCAACUGCGUCACUGUAGGUGACAGCGACGGAGAGACCAGCCCAACCAGUAGAUCCCAUCCAACUCACCUAUACCAGCAAAUACCACAACACCAACAGCAUCAACAAACGACGCAUCAUAUCAAGCACGAACCGCAGCCACAACACCAUAUUAAUUCUGGCUAUUCCUCACAAUCGCAAAAGAAGCGUCUAUUGGCAAAAGUACAGUCGGAGUGCAAUAUGAUAAAUGUACCAACUAAACCAGAGCCUGGCGUUGAGUAUUUGGCACCUCAUCCCUGUCAUGCUGCUGCCUGCAAAGAACCACCUACAUAUCAGGAUGACGGCUAUGAUAUGCAUGACUACUUCUUGCAGUAUGUAACAACGAGCAGUGCACAACCACAUUUACUGGAACAACACAUCGUUUAUACUACCGGGGCCGAUAAGCGUGUGUCGUGGCCUAGUAAACGAACAGAAUAUAAGCACGACUAUGUACAGCCACCAGCAGCACACUCGAGAGAUCACCAAAAAUGGGCCGUAGCCAAUCCAGUGCAUCAAUACAGGCAAAGCCAGGUAGUGAGCACCGCGGGAGUACAUCCGAGCCACGGCGUCGGUGGCCACACACAUGUAAGCCAUGCACACCACAGUCACCAUUUGAGUCCCGUAGGCUCCGGGGUUGUGGGUUCAGCUGGCUCCGUCGCUGUUGCUAGCAACAGCGUUGGUAGCACCGGAGUGGGAGUCGGAGCAGGAGCUGGCGGAACUGGAGGUCCUGGCGUCGUCGGGGCAGGAGGUCGCAGUCCGACUGCAGCCGGGCCUAUAAUCGCCGGAGCCCAACAUCUCGGGCAGCCUCUCUACCAGGAAUAUGCACACGCAGUACGCCCGAGGGCCCACCCGGUACCGCCACCCGUCUACGUCACAGCCGCCCCAAGCCAAGCGCCUAAUGGCAUACAACAGCAACAAGUGCCCACCUACCAGGGAUUCACACCCGGGUGGGUACCUAGACAUCUAGUUGAUGCAUGCACCUCGUCCCCAUUAACGUUGUAUGAUUCUAGUCGAGCGCUUCCGCCACCGGCCCAUCACAGCUCCGCGAGGCCGUUGCUCGCCUCCCAUGCGGCACAUCCGCUGCCGGCUCACAUGCAACCCACUGCGGUUUAUGGCCUCGCGCCCUUAUCACCAGCUAAGCAUCAAUACCAGUCCGGGCUCUGGUUCACCGAGUAAAAUAAUUUGUCUUGCGAUCUCCCAACAGGGCGCCUCUUCCCCCAAGCCUCCAAUUGCGGUUGACCAAUUUGUCAGCACAUUUCUAGAUUUAGUAAAAUUGACCUUUCUUUCCUCAUCCCUAUUUUAUUCACUCGUUCAUUCGCUCUCU